CUCUCUCUCUCUCUCUCUCUCUCUCUCUCUCUCUAGCUUUACAUCCUCUCUCCUAUUCUGCAAUCCUUGUUUGAUUCGGAAUUUUCUGGUAUCUUGGUACCAGUCUGCCCAAACCUCUCCCUUGUCUUUUGAUUACAGGGAAGCAUUAUUACUCAAUUUGGUCUUGCCUUCCUCCACACACCACCCCCACCCCCCCCCCCCCCCCCCCACCCCCCCCAAACACAUCUUUUCCAUACCUCAGCCAUUUGCUGCCUCUCCCAUCUGUUUCAAACGUUCUGGUUUUUUAUCUGCAUAUUCCUGAAAACCAGGAUAUACGAAUACCAUGAAGAAGGUUGUCAUAUUGAAGUUGGAUUUACACGAUGACAAAGCCAAGCAGAAGGCCAUGAGGACGGUCUCUACUCUUUCGGGGAUUGAUUCCAUCUCAAUGGACAUGAAGGAUAAGAAACUAACGGUGAUAGGGACCGUGGAUCCGGUAAAUGUGGUGAGCAAAUUGCGCAAAUAUUGGCCAACGACAACUAUGAUCUCAGUAGGGCCUGUAAAAGCACCUGAAAAGAAAGAGGAGCCAAAGAAGGAAGAACCCAAGCCAGCAGAGGAGCCAAAGAAAGAGGAAGCAAAGAAGGAGGAAGCAAAGAAAGAAGAAGAGAAGAAAGAAGAACCCAAGAAAGAGGAAGAAAAGAAGGAAGAAGAGAAGAAGGAAGAAGAGAAGAAGAAAGAGGCGCCGCCGCCCCCGCCAGACCCUGUCCUAGAGCUGGUUAAGGCUUACAAAGCUUACAAUCCGCACCUUACCUCAUAUUACUAUGUGCAAAGCGUGGAGGAGAACCCAAAUGCCUGCGUUGUUUUAUAAAAUGGGCUACCAAAUUUAAACUGAGUGGGAGAGAUGAAUCUUCCUUGGUUUUGUUAAAUGGUAUUGGAGUUUUGUCAAAUAGUAUAGGAGGAGGCAGGCAUUCAUAUGCAGGCAACUCCGGUCCAAGAUUCAAGAAGACAGGAGCUCUUGUAUAUAAGACGGGGGUAAUGCUUCAUUGAUCGUUCUAAAGCUUAAUGAUCAGUAAACUGCAGAGAUCAGGGAAUAAAUAAAUCUUUGAAUUUGGUUUGAACACUA